GUAGUGCUUGCAGCUGCGGGCGGUAUAAUUAGAAUUCAUCAAAAUGUCAGGUGUGGCCCCCACAGCCCCUGGGCAGCUGACAGAAGAGAUGGAAAAUCAGAUAAAAUCACCAGUUGCAGUGCCUGAAGCCCCUCCUGACUAUAGUUCUCAUUUUGUACCAGGCCCUGCUGGACCAGCUGGACCUCCACCAGCAGGCUUGCCAAUGGGAUACUACGCUCCCCAGCAGCCUGGUGCCAUGCCCACGUACCAUCCCAUUGGUGGCAUCCAUCCUAUCCAGUACCAGCCUGGCAAAUAUCCUGUGACGAAUCAGCCUGCUCCUGUAAUGUGGAUGCCGGGGCCAGCUCCUAUACCCAACUGCCCUCCUGGUCUGGAAUAUUUAGCUCAGUUGGACAACAUGCACGUUCUUCAGCAUUUUGAGCCUCUGGAAUUGAUGACAGGUUAUGAAACUAAUAAUAGAUAUGACAUCAAGAACAAUGUAGACCAGAUGGUUUACUUUGUAACUGAAGACACAGAUGACUUUACCAGGAAUGCCUAUCGAAGCCUACGACCCUUUGUGCUCCGGGUCACUGACAGCAUGGGGCGAGAGAUCAUGACCAUGCAAAGGCCUUUCCGAUGCACCUGCUGUUGCUUCUGCUGCCCCUGUGCGAGGCAAGAGUUAGAAGUGCAAUGUCCUCCCGGUGUCACAAUUGGCUUUGUUGCAGAACACUGGAACUUAUGCAGAGCUACCUACAGCAUCCAAAAUCAGAAGAAAGAAAAUAUAAUGAGGGUGCGUGGUCCAUGCGCAACCUAUGGCUGUGGUUCAGAUUCUGUUUUUGAGGUCAACUCUCUAGACGGAGUAUCUAACAUCGGCAGUAUUAUCAGGAAAUGGAAUGGCUUUUUGUCGACAAUGGCAAAUGCUGACCACUUUGAGAUCCGCUUCCCUUUGGACCUGGAUGUGAAGAUGAAAGCAAUGAUUUUUGGUUCUUGCUUCCUCAUUGACUUCAUGUAUUUUGAAAGUACUCCUCGACGUUCAUCAAGAUAGAGAGAUCAAGAAGAGCAGCAACUGAAAACAAAAUUAUAGGAGUUUGCAUUGGGCUCACACUCCAACCUUCAGUUAUUUGCAAGUCUAUAUCCCGGCUUGACGUGUGUCCCAGUUGAGUAUUUGGCUUCUUAGGACACCAGUUUCUUCUGAAGUCUCUGCUCUAUUAGCUGUGUAAACACACACAAUACAAGCAUUAAAACUAUAGGCACAUGACCUAUGGGAAAAUUAAGCCCUUAAUUUUCAACAGGCCAUAAUACAUCUUCUAUAUCUGUCCCUCUCUUCUUCGUCAAGAGGGCAAACUUGAUU